AUGAGUCACUUUGUCACCGGUGUGCCCGAUGCUAUUGAAAAAGAGUGCCAAGCGUCAAUGCUCCACGAAAACAUCGAUAUCUUUAGGUUGAUGGUACAUGCUCAACAAGUGGAAGAGUCAAGGCUUAGAAAGAGGAACAGAGAGGUGAAGAGGCCAAGGGCUGAUGAGGCAAAUGCAUCUAAGGGUAAGUUUGAAGGCCAAUGUGAACCAAGGUUUAAGAAGAGGUUUCCCAACCAAAGUCCUUUGAAUGCUCCAAGGCCCAACAAAGGUUGGGUGUCUACCCCUAGACCACAAGGGGGAAAAGGUGGUGGUCCUUAUGUUGAGAAAACUAGUUGUGAGAAUUGUGAUAAGAAGCUUCAAGGAAAGUGCCUAGUUCAAGGGAGGGAGAAUAAGCAAGCCCAAGCAAGUGGGUCUAACUCCGAUGCUCCUAAGAAGAAUCACUUCUAUGAUCUCCAAUCCCGAUGUGAUCAAGAGACCUCUCUGGAUGUUGUUACCGGUUCUGCGAAGUGA